AUGAUAUGUAAAUCUCAACAACAAAUAAAUGAUCGUCGUCAAUCAAAAUCUUAUCAACAACAAAUAAAUAUUAAUGAUGAUAAACAACGAUAUCAAACAAUAAAUACAACAUCUAUAUCACCAUUAAUGAGUGUACAAUCUGAUGUAAAUACAAAAUACGAUACAAUGCAAAUGUCUGGUACGCAUAAUUAUUAUGGUUCAGUUUGUCGAGCAGCAUAUGGUCUAUCCAGUAAUUAUUAUUAUGAACAUCCUCAACAACAUUGUAAUAAUCAUUAUAAUUAUUCGAAUGAAUAUUAUCAACAACAACGUUCAACAAAUAAUAAAGAUUCAAGAUAUGGUGGUGCAUCAAUUAUGCAAAAUCAACAACAAAGAUAA